CUCCUUCCAAACCUACAACCUUCCAGUGGUAGACUGGCCGAUGAUGGGACAGUGCAUGCGGACCAGACAAGAGACAAUGGGCUUCCUGUGGUGGACACUGUGGCUUUGCUGGAUUAUACUUCUCAGCUCAAGCCCUGCAGAAGGUCUGAGUCGGGCUGCCUUGCCGUUCGGUCUGAUGCGCCGGGAGUUAGCAUGUGAAGGGUACCCCAUCGAGCUGCGGUGCCCAGGGAGUGACGUCAUAAUGAUCGAGAGCGCCAACUACGGGCGGACUGACAACAAGAUCUGCGAUGCAGACCUCUUCCAGAUGGAGAACGUCGAGUGUUACCUCCCCGACACCUUCAAGAUCAUGUCACAAAGGUGUAACAAUCGCACGCAGUGUGUGGUGGUAGCCGGAUCGGACGUCUUCCCUGACCCCUGCCCAGGGACCUACAAGUACCUGGAGAUCCAGUAUGAGUGCGUCCCCUACAUGGAACAAAAAGUAUUCGUCUGCCCCGGGACCCUGCGCAAGGUCUUCGAGCCCACCAACGUCUUCGAGUCGGAGCAUGAGGCGGGCGCCUGGUGCAAGGACCCGCUGCAGGCCGGCGACCGCAUCUACUACAUGCCCUGGAUCCCGUACCGCACCGACACGCUGACCGAGUACGGCUCGUGGGAGGACUACACGGCCGGCCGCCCCACCACCUCCUACCGCCUGCCGCACCGCGUCGACGGCACCGGCUUCGUCGUCUACGAUGGCGCCGUCUUCUACAACAAGGAGCGCACGCGCAACGUCGUCAAGUUCGACCUGCGCACGCGCAUCAAGAGCGGCGAGGCCAUCAUCGGCGGCGCCAACUACCACGACACGUCGCCCUACCGCUGGGGCGGCAAGACCGACAUCGACCUGGCGGUGGACGAGAACGGCCUCUGGGCCAUCUACGCCACCGAGCAGAACAACGGCAAGCUGGUGGUGAGCCAGCUCAACCCGUACACGCUGCGCUUCGAGGGCACCUGGGAGACGGUGUACGACAAGCGCUCGGCCUCCAACGCCUUCAUGGUGUGCGGCGUCCUGUACGCCGUGCGCUCCGUGUCCAAGGAGGACGACAGCGAGGUCAUCGGCAACACCAUCGACUUCGCCUUCAACACCAACCUCAACCGCGAGGAGCCCGUGUCCAUCGCCUUCCCCAACCCCUACCAGUACGUCUCGUCCGUGGACUACAACCCCCGCGACAACCAGCUGUACGUCUGGAACAACCACUUUGUGCUGAGGUACUCGCUGGAGUUUGGACCCCCCGACCCAACCACAGCACAAGCCACAAUGGCUUCCACAAGCAGCACGGGUGCAGCAAGGCCAACCACAGUCGCCACCACAACCACCACCAGGAAGGCCCCACUUACCACCAUCGCGGUGGGUGCAAUUAACCAGCUGGUCCCAGAGCAGCACCCCAUCACUCCUAAUGUCCCCUUCACAAGUCGGACACCUCUAUCCAACCAGCUGCCUUCGCCGCAGAGGUACUGUGAACCGACUGAGACCAGGGGCAUAAAGUGGCCAUCGACACAGCAAGGUGUUCUGGUGGAGCGACCAUGCCCCAAGGGGACCAAAGGUAUAGCCUCCUAUCUCUGUUUGGUUUCACUCGGACUCUGGAGCCCAAGGGGACCUGACUUCAGCAACUGUACCUCGCCCUGGGUAAACCAAGUAGCACAAAAGAUUAAGAGUGGGGAGAAUGCAGCUAAUAUUGCGAGCGAGCUUUCCCGACACACCAGAGGCCCCAUCUAUGCUGGUGAUGUCAGCUCCUCAGUCAAGCUGAUGGAGCAGCUACUGGAUAUCCUGGAUGCUCAGCUGCAAGCUCUGAGACCCAGCGAGAAGGAGUCAGCAGGACGGAGUUACAACAAGGUUUCAAAACGGGAGAGGACCUGCAGAGCAUACAUAGAGGCUGUGGUACAGACUGUGGAUAACCUCCUGACGGAAGCUCUGGAAUCUUGGAAAGAUAUGAACACAACAGAGCAAGUUCAUACGGCAACCAUGUUAUUGGACAUUUUGGAGGAGGGAGCGUUCUUGCUGGCAGACAACCUGAAGGAGCCAGCAAGAGUCAAUGCCACCACCCAGAACGUUGUGUUGGAAGUGUCUGUACUCAAUACUGAAGGGCAGGUAAAGGAGGUGACAUUUCCACACAGUUAUCUAACGGAGAGCUUUAUCCAUAUCUCCCCGAAUACCAUCAAACAGAACAGCCGUAAUGGUGUUGUGAAGGUGGUGUUAAUUCUCUACAACAACCUUGGCCAGUUUCUGUCGACAGAGAAUGCAACAGUGAGGAUGGGAGCCGACAUCAGCAGCCAGGGCACCUCCAUUGUUGUCAACUCUCAGAUCAUCGCCGCCUCCAUCAACAAGGAAUCCAGCCGGGUCUUCCUCACUGAGCCGGUGGUAUUCACCCUACAACACCUUGAUAUUUAAAUGCUAUUGUCCUCUUUCAGUCGGGAAAACCAUUUCAAUGCGAACUGCUCUUUCUGGAAUUACUCUGAGCGCUCCAUGAUGGGAUUUUGGUCAACACAAGGCUGUCGACUGAUCGAAAGCAACAAGACUCACACCGCUUGUGCCUGCAGUCACCUCACCAAUUUUGCAGUGCUCAUGGCUCACAGGGAGAUUUUGUAUGAAGACCGAAUGCACAGACUACUGCUGUCCGUAAUCACCUGGGUUGGUAUCGUUAUAUCACUGGUCUGCCUCACCAUCUGCAUCUCCACCUUUUGCUUCCUUCGAGGGAUCCAGACCGAUCGCAACACCAUCCACAAGAACCUCUGCAUCAACCUCUUCAUUGCUGAGCUCAUCUUUCUAAUCGGCAUCAAUAAAACCCAAUACCAGGUUGUCUGUCCAAUAAUCGCAGGCUUCCUCCACUUCUUCUUCUUGGCUGCCUUCUCCUGGAUGUGUCUUGAAGGUGUCCAUCUCUACCUCAUGCUUGUUGAGGUCUUUGAGAGCGAGUACUCCAGGAAGAAGUACUAUUACCUCUGUGGUUACUGCUUCCCGGCAUUGGUGGUGGGAAUCUCUGCAGCAAUAGACUACAGGAGCUAUGGAACUGAGAAGGCAUGCUGGCUACGAGUGGACAACUAUUUCAUCUGGAGUUUCAUUGGACCAGUGUCCUUUGUUAUUAUGAUGAACCUGGUCUUCCUCAUGAUCACGCUGCACAAGAUGGUCCGGAGCAACAGCUCACUGAAACCAGACUCCAGCCGGCUGGAGAACAUCAAGUCAUGGGCUCUGGGUGCCAUCGCUCUCCUUUUCCUCCUGGGUCUCACCUGGGCAUUUGGGCUGAUGUUCAUCAAUGAGGAGUCCAUGGUGAUGGCUUACCUCUUUACCACCUUCAAUGCCUUCCAGGGAAUGUUCAUCUUCAUUUUUCACUGUGCCCUCCAAAAGAAAGUCCACAAGGAGUACAGCAAGUGCUUGCGGCAUGCCCACUGCUGCAGCCGCCCUGGGGCCGGAGUCUCCCACGGCAACCUGAAGACCUCCACCAUCCGGAACAGCAGCCGGUACUACACUGGUACUCAGAGUCGGAUCCGGAGAAUGUGGAACGACACCGUUCGGAAGCAGUCGGAAUCUUCCUUCAUGGCGGGAGACCUCAAUAGCACUCCCACCCUAAAUCGAGGAACAAUGGGCAAUCAUCUGCUGACCAAUCCAGUUCUGCAGCCUCGAUCCGGUGCCAGCCCUUACAACACACUGCUGGCGGAAUCCGUUGGAUACAAUGCUCCUUCACCCACAGUCUUCAGCUCUCCAGGGACCUACAGAGAGACAAAGCACCCGGUCAACAUGACGAGGGACCCGUGUGCCGUCGACACGCUGCCCCUGAACGGCAACUUCAACAACAGCUACUCCUUCCGAAACAACGACUUCGCCACGGACGGCACCCCCCUCACCGACUGCCGGCGCAACCUCAGCGACGCCGCCUUCGAGAAGAUGAUCAUCUCCGAGCUGGUCCACAACAACCUGCGGUCCGGCGGCAAGAGCCUGCCCGGAGAGCAGGGCGCCCCAGUCAGCGGCGGAGGCGGUGCCACCAGCAGCGAAGACGACGCCAUUGUCCCCGACGCCCCCUCGCUCACCCAGGAGGACAACAUCGAGAUCGAGCUGAUGUACAAGGCACUGGAAGAGCCUUUGCUCCUACAGCGUGCCCAGUCCCUGCUCUACCACAGCGACCCUGAGCUGGAGGAGUCGGAGAGUUACACUGCCGAGAUCACAGACGGGCUGGACGGCCAACUCCAGUCCCCAAACAGAGACUCCCUCUACACCAGCAUGACCAACCUAAGAGACUCUUCCUACCCUGACAGCAGCCCGGAGGUGAUCGGAGAGACCGCCCCCCACUCCCAAGGCAAUGACGAGAUGUACUACAGCACCAGACCCAACCUGGUGUUCAGAAGCCAGCUACAGGCGUACUACCAGUCCAGGAGAGGCAGCAAUGACGGCUACGUGGUGUCAGUUGAUGUGGAUGGCUCGGUGCCGGAAGGUGACGGACAAAUGCAACUGGUAACGAGUCUCUGAAAUGUAAGGUGGGGGGUUGGGGGCAAUUCAUGGACCCCGGGUAGAGGGUGCCCUUAGUUCUGCCGGUGACGUAGGGCUGUGAUUUGUACAGAGGACCAACCCUUGUUGGAGCAGGGCUGCUGGUUUUACUUUGCUGUUGGAUGUAUCGGACUGUAAUAACCCUUGGGAUCAUCUGUUAGAUAAACUACUACCUCCAGCCAACUUCUCCCAACCUCGGGUGGAACUUGGUAAAUUGGGAUAUCCCCGGUUCCACCAAAGGUGACUGAGAAUUCAUCACUGCUU